AUGGUCCUUUUCAAAGGAGGAUUUGUGUUUUUUAUCACAUUAGUAAUUGGCGAGGCAAAUUCAAAUUUUAAUCCAACAGUGACGUUACACGAAUGCAGCAAAUCAAAAGUGACACUUGCAGUUGAUAAGGCUGCUGAAGGAGGGAUUAUUUAUAUUCAAGGUCAAGGUUCAUCAUGUCUCCAGACGACAACUUCUACUUCCCGCCAUUACGAAUUCCAUUUUGACAUAUGCAAUAUCACAUAUGGCACCGUAUUCCGUGUGAUUGUCCAGAAAUAUCCCACAAUCCAGACUGGAUAUGACAAAGUUAUCCCUGUCACGUGUUUAGCCGAUCUUUCAGAAAUUGAACUAAUCGAAGAGGUUCUCCCAAACAAAAACGAUGACGUUGGUGUUAAUAUAACUACAAAACCUGUUGCUAAUCUACGAGUUUAUACUAGCAGUAAAAAUGACAUUAGUGGAGGCGGUGUUGUCAAUCUCAAUGACUCAAUAGCAAUGACAAUUACACUGUCAGAUGACUUUACAGACACGUAUGAUAUAAAAGCAAUAGAGUGCACUGCCGCCAUGGUUAAUAUAAUAGAAAACGGCUGCUCUGUUGACAAAGAACUUUUUCCAAAUUUUCAACAUUUAUCUGAUGGAAAGUUGACGUCAAAUUUUCAAGCUUUCCAACCGACUGAUUUGACAGGGAAAGAGGAAGUGGAUGUCGCCUUCUCGUGUCGUCUGGCUGUUUGUAAAGGACAAUGUGACAACAUUGCCUGUAACACGAAUGUAGGUCGUAGGAGAAAAAAGAGAGAUACAAAGGACAACGAAAUUGACGAGAUUAUAUGUGGAACGUCUAUAAAAGUGGCAAAUCGCCAGAAAAAUCACAACCUGCAAGAAAGUCCUGUCGAACCAAAUACCAUAUGUGUAGAGACAUUGCCAGCAUACUUUGGACUAACUGUUGCCGUAAUCCUGUUUUGUUUGUCAUGGAUGCUGUCUGGCUAUUUGCUUCGACAACGCCUCGUUGACAACACUGAAAAUAAGAGAAUGGGUGUUGCUAGAGCUGUUGGCAGACGACUGACUUCUAUGUUGAACCUCCCGACCGGAUAUGACCUUAAAGAAUCUAAAGGAUUUGUUUCUAUACCUAACUCUACUGACUCGACGCCUCCACAGAGAAGAAAGUCAGUUACGGCAACCAAACUUGAAAUUAAACUCGAGGAUUGACGACGCCGUAUUUACCAUGUCUUCAUUGUUUUUAAUAGACAACGGACAUUUAUUGAAAAUUUGAGACAAGUGCUG